GACGAAAAUUUGAAUUAAUUUUUGUCGUAGUGACGUUGACUGGUUUUUUUUUUGCAAGUUUAUUGAAUGAUGAUUUCAUCCGAUAUGCAUCCACCAGCGAUUUCUCGUACACAACAAUAUAAGAAAAUCACGAAACCACUUUUGGAGCGUAAGCGACGUGCUCGGAUUAAUCGAUGUUUGGAUGAAUUAAAAGAGUUAAUGGUUGGUGCUUUAGAGGCUGAAGGAGAAAAUAUAUCCAAAUUAGAAAAAGCUGAUAUAUUAGAAUUAACCGUUCGCCAUUUACAUCGUUUACAACGACCACGUGAUGCUGUCGAAGAUGCUCAACGAUAUCAAGCUGGUUUUGGACAAUGCGCAGCUGAAGCGUGUCAAUUUCUAUUAUCCUUACCUGGCGUUGACACUCGAGUUGGACACAAUCUAAUUAAACAUUUAGGUGCUUGUAUAAGCAACAACGGACCAUUAAGUAUUCAAGUACCAAACUUAAACCGUUCCAGUUAUUCACCGCCAGUGUCCCCACUAACACCAGUUUCAACGAUUAAAACACCAAAUUACAGUAUUCCAAAUAACAACAAUUCAGAAGUUUUGAGUUCUACACCAAGUGUACACGAUUUAUCGAAACCAUUAACGGGAUUAUUAAUGCAAGUACCGCCAAAAAUUAAUGAGACUCGUAAUGCAUUACGAAAUGCAAUAUUAGAACGUCGAAAAAAUAAUGAAAUAUCAUCAAUUCGACCAAAUGUAAUUGUUGAUAAUCGACGAGAGAAAUUUAAUGAAAAGAAUCAAAUGGAUGAAGACGAAGAAAUUGAUAUAGAAAAGGUUGAGGAAGGUGAUAAUAUGUGGCGUCCUUGGUAAGAUGUACUUCAUAUACCUACGUACUCGAAUUUAGAAAAAUUCUAUCACUCAGAAAAUAUUUCUACUUAGAAAUUUUCUUUUAUAUAAUCCAUUCUACUUCUACAUUUCUGAAAUGGUAAAACGUAAUUAUUUUGUCACUUAAAGACUUCAUGCAAGGUACAAAAUAGUGUCUCUUCGAAUGGCUCGUAAAUAACCUCAAUAUAAAUGGUAUUCUGAACUCGUUGUGUGCUUAUUAUGUUUUGAAAAAAUCCUGGUUUUAAAUUAUAUUCAUAAGAUAU